AUGGUCGACACCGGAUCAGGCGAUAUUCUGGUAGCAGCUGAUACUUGCAAUGUCGUGGACGUUACUAGUGGCUGCUAUCUAUGUGAAACUUUCAAGACCAAGGGCAUCGAGUUGUUAGAAUCGUUCGGGACUGCUGUAGGUGAAGGGACUGCUCUUGGCAAUACAUCACUCUUGAACAUUGAGAUUGGUGGCCUCAAGGUUCCAAAAAUGUCCACCCCGCUGAUCAACUGGGCUGUAUCGAAUGAGUUCCAGGAUGGAUCCUUUUCCGGCAUUCUCGGGCUGGGGCCCAAUAACGUUUCUCGAAAUCUCCACUUCAACGGUCACCUCCCGCUUAUAGAUGAAAUGAUUAAACGUCGUCUACUUGAGAAGCCCAUGUUUUCUCUCAGCUUACCACGGCUCGGAGACCCCAUAUCUCCACAAAAGGGAAAAUUAACACUAGGGGGCAUAGAAAAGAUUCCCAAGGGCGUGGUGAUGACAUACAAUGACAUUAUAGAUAACCCAAACUAUAAUUAUGAUACGUUCCCUCUCCAGCCGCAGUCCUGGACAGCUCAGCUACAAGCAGUCCGUAUGAAUGGGAAAGUCAUUCCAGUACAACGCGGAGAUCUUGAUCCAAAAGGCAGAUACUUAUCCUUGAUGGACAGUGGCGCCCAGCAACUUCUAUUCCGACGGGAAGAAUUUGCUGCCAUAGCGACAGCUUUCAAAGGCAAAACAAUUGUCCAGCCGGAUAUGGCGAUUUACUUUGACUGUUCCAUUCCGCAACUUCUGGAACUGAAGUAUCAUGAUCGUUGGUUCCCGGUAGAUCCCUUGGAUCUCAUCAUUCCAAGUGAUCAUGGUGUGAAGGACGGCAAGGAAUUAUGUCACGCCGCACUCGGAGUAUGGGACAGAACAUUUGCUGAUUCUAUUAUUGGCGUUCCUUUUCUCCGGAACGUUGUAUCUGUUUUUGAUUACAUCAAAUUUGAGACAUAUACAGUUCAACCGAGACUAGGACUUGCAAGCCUGACUAAUGGGAAUCAAGCUGUCGAGCGAUACUCCAGAUUGUACAAAAACAGGCUACAAAGCACAACACCGGUAUAA